UCAACAAUUGGCAUCAAGAGCCUCUCACUAGAUAUACAUAGUGUGUGAUUUUGGGAAUUUGAUUUAUUUGCCAUUUAUUAUUCGUAGGUACUAUGAGUUCUCAUAUGGAAGGAGGUUCCACGACUCGCCCACCACUACUCACGGGAACCAACUACUCCUAUUGGAAGACUAAGAUGAAGAUGUUCAUAAAAUCAAUGGAUGAAGAUGCAUGGCGAACAGUGUUAACUGGAUGGAAGCGACCCGUUGCCACAGAUGAGAAAGGGAUUGAAACUGAGAAGCAUGAGAAAGACUGGAGCAAAGCCGAACAAAUUGCAGCAAACAUGAAUUCCAAGGCCUUGAAUGCUAUAUUCAAUGGAAUUGAUAUCAAUCAAUUCAAGAUAAUCUCUGCGUGUGAGUGUGCUAAAGAAGCAUGGGAGAAACUCCAAACAGCGUACGAGGGAACUGCUUCAGUCAGACUGUCCAAACUUCAAAUGCUUGCCACCCGGUUUGAGGAUCUUCGUAUGGAAGAAAAUGAGACCGUGAGCGAAUUCAACUCCAAAUUAUGUGACAUAUCAAACGAAGCUCAUGGCCUUGGUGAAACUUAUCCUGAAGUUAAACUUGUACGAAAAGUGCUCAGAUCCAUGCCAGACAGAUUCGCGUACAAGAUCACUGCCAUAGAGGAAGCAAGUGAUGUGGACUCAUUGCGACUUGAGGACCUGAUUGGAAAUCUACAAACUUUUGAAAACAAGUUGAACAUCAGCAGAAUGGACAAGGAAAGGAAAAUCGCCCUGCAGUCUGUAUCGGACACCACAACAUCUGUGCCUACUGCUCCUAUGUCAGCACUUGAAGUCAAGCUCACAAAAUCCAUGUCCUUAAUAGCAAAAAAUUUCGGAAGAUUCAUCAAGAAAAAUGGACAUCCUACAAACUCUGAGAGAAAACCCAGGACAUCUACAGAUAAGCCAGAAGUCAAGAAGGGAAUUCGAUGUAGAGAAUGUCAUGGUUAUGGUCAUAUCCAAGCAGAAUGUGCUAACACACUAAAAAAACAAGGAAAAUCACUUGCCACAACUUGGAGUGAUGACACCUCAGAGUCACCAAGGAUUUGUUGA